CUGUUCCUUGCUUCCUACCUGGUCACCCACCUGGCAACAUGGUGAUCAUUGGGGUGAUCCGUCUCGAUUUGCGCCUCCACACCCAUAAGUACUUCUUCCUCAGCAGCCUCUCCUUCCUGGACAUCUGCUAUGCCUGGCAUGCUGCACAGCCUGAUGUCUGGCACAGGGCCAUCUCCUACAUCGGCUGCAAGGGGCAGAUGUACAUGGCGUUGUCCUGCGGGAUUAAUGAGUGCCUCUUGCUGGCUGUCAUGGCCUACGAUUGCUACAUGGUGGUGUGCCUCCCAUUGCACUACAUGGAGGUCAUGAGCCUCAGGGCCUGCAUCACCUUGGUGGCUUGCUCAUGGUUGGUUGGCUUGUUGCUCUCCGUCGUGCCUAUCUUCAGCCUGUCGGUGCCUUUCUGAGGCCCCAACCAGAUAGACCCCUUCUUCUGCGAGAUGCUGGCGGUUAUGCAGCUGGCCUGUGCCGACACCAGCUACAACGGACCUGUUAUCUUCAGUGGGGACAUCUUCACCCUGCUCAUCCCCUUCUCCUUUAUCCUGGCCACCUAUGUAUGCGUCACUGCUGUCCUGAGGAUCUGCUCCCUCCAGGGCUAGUGGACGGCCUUCUCCACCUGUGCCUCCCAUCUGAUGGCCAUGGCCCUGUUCUACGGGAUGGCCAUCUUCAUGUACAUGUGGCCCAGGUCCGCCCACUCUCCAGAGCAGGACAAAAUGGUUUCCAUCUUCUACACAGUGGUGACCCCCAUGCUGAAUGCCUGAUCUACUGCCUGAAGAGCAAGGAAGUCAGGGAACCAUGGCUAAGGCCAUAAUCAUGCGGGGGGUGGUGGUGGAGGAGAUUCUGUCCUGGAAGUACAUAAGGGUGUUCUCUGUCUAUGGCUGGAUAGAGGCAAAGCCAGGUCCCACUUCCAAGGGUGGCUGGUAUAAAUGGGACUUAUGACACUUGCAUCAGAAUUGUCUGCUGUUACUUAACAGUCUGGAAGAGUAGUGUGAAAGCAGGCAGGUAGGAUGGGCCUGAGGUUAGGGUGGUGGCCUAGGGCUUUGGGGACCUGGAUACAAUUUCCUGCUCCCACCACAGUGUCCCAGUGUGGUCUUUAGUGAGUCACUUAGCUUUAUUGUAUCUGAAUUCCCCACAUGUGAAAAAGUACUUCCCCACCUCAUGUGGGGAGAUGCUUAGAUACUAUGGUGAUGAGGA